AUGCGGUGGUCACGGUUAGGCCUCAAGGUUCUGAUUGUUAUUUUGACUCUGUUGAGCUCAACCAGAAGCCAGAACAGGAGGAGGAAAGGACCUAAAGAGGACAACCAGAUCAUCAUCAAUGAGGCCAAAACCCUGAUCUGCCCAGUGGAGAUUAUGUUCAUUGUGGACAGUUCGGAGAAAGCCAAAGCUCUGCUGUUUGAGCGACAGAAGGAGUUCAUCCUGCGUUUCAGCACCAAGCUCAUGCAGCUCCAGUCUGCCGGCUGGCGGCUGCGCCUACGCCUGGCGGCUCUGCAGUACAGCAGCACUGUUUCAGUGGAGCACAACUUCAGAGACUGGCAGGAUAUGGACGUGUUCCAGAGCCGGGUGGCCGCCAUGACCUUCAUUGGCCAUGGCACCUACUCUGCUUACGCCAUCACCAACGCCACCCAGGUGUUCAACCGUGAGACAUCUUCCAGCAGCCUGAGGGUGGUGCUGUUGAUGACGGAUGGAACGGACCACCCUCGCAGCCCCAGUGCUGUGACAGCUGCUGCUGAGGCCAAACAGCACAACAUCAGGGUGUUCACCAUCAGGCUGUCGGGCCUGACCAAGGAUGGUCCCAUGGGUUCAAAGCUGCGCUCCAUCGCCAGCGCUCCCCCACAGCAGCAUGUACUCAGUCUCACCGACAGCCAGCUGGAUAACAGACUCUUCAAUGAACUGAACUCAGUUGUGAAAACUGGGUGCCCACACCCAAAGACCUGCCUGUGUGAAAAAGGGGAAAGGGGCUACCCUGGACCUCCAGGGAAACCAGGGGAGCUGGGGUCUGAUGGAGCACCUGGUCCAAAGGGAUCCCGUGGGGAACCUGGUCUUAACGGACGUCCAGGAAUGGAAGGUCUUCAGGGUCAACCUGGCAGCAAAGGGGAAAAGGGAGAACAAGGUGAAUGUGGUGCCCCUGGUAAAAAAGGAGAACAGGGUGCAGAUGGACCUCUUGGCCCCAGAGGCCCCAGAGGAGAGCAGGGAGCCAUGGGAGGACCUGGAGACCAGGGUCCAGAGGGACCAUCUGGAUCUAAAGGUGAGCGAGGACCAAGGGGCGCACCUGGACCUCCAGGAGAUAAUGGCAUUGGGUUCCCUGGUCCCAAGGGUGACAAGGGGAACCAAGGAAGACCAGGUCCACCUGGACCAAUGGGUAUGGGUGAACCAGGGACAACGGGUCCAGCAGGGCCACCAGGGAUGCAAGGAUCUCCAGGGUUUCCAGGUGAGGGUCUCCCAGGAUCCAAGGGUGACAGAGGGUAUGAAGGUCCUAAGGGAAGCCGUGGACCUCCAGGAUUAGGGUACAAAGGUGAUAAGGGAAACACAGGAGCCCCCGGGCUGCCAGGUUUGGUCGGGUUUCCAGGGCCAGGUAUCCAAGGAGAAAAGGGGGAACAAGGGCCUGCUGGGCCUUCUGGUCCCAGGGGACCUCCUGGAUUAGGUAUAGUUGGACCAAAGGGUGACCAGGGUUUCCCUGGAGAACCUGGACCUCAGGGAGAUAGGGGUGUUGGUGACCCAGGGCCAAAGGGAGAGCCAGGACCCGAUGGGGCUGCUGGGAUACCAGGCAUUCCCGGUGAGGAUGGAGCUGCCGGACCUAAGGGAGAGAUGGGGGUGCCAGGUGUGCGAGGCAUCGAGGGAGCACCAGGAAAAGGUAUCCCUGGAGAAAAGGGAGACAGAGGAGACCGUGGACCAAGGGGACUGUCAGGGUCUCCAGGCCCAGUUGGCCCUGCUGGAGCUAAGGGAGAGCCCGGCACCCCUGGAAUGAUGGGCCUACCUGGACCCGCUGGGCUCGGCUUUCCAGGGCCGAAGGGAGAUCCUGGUUCUGUGGGGCCAGUGGGACCCAUGGGAGAACCUGGAAUAGGAAUCAUUGGCCCAAAGGGUAAUAAAGGAAAUCCUGGGCCUAUAGGACCACCAGGGGUGAAGGGAGAUGGCUUCCCAGGACCACCGGGACUGCCUGGUUUACCAGGACUGCAAGGAGAGACGGGACCUGAAGGGAAAGGACUACCUGGACCUAAGGGUGACAGAGGCUUACCAGGGGUCCCAGGCCCAUCAGGUCCUCCUGGAAUCGGACUUUAUGGACCAAAGGGUGGUACAGGGCAGCCUGGCCCACCAGGCCUCCCAGGGCCCCUCGGAGAAGGCAUCCAAGGACCAAAGGGAGAGCCCGGGUUUCAAGGGCCAGUGGGCCCUCGAGGGGCACCAGGGGACGGCCUUCCAGGAGAGAAGGGAGAUAGAGGCAUUCCUGGAGAACGGGGAAAGAAAGGAGACAAGGGAGACUAUGGAGAAUCUGGAUCUACUGGACCAAUGGGGAGACCGGGAGAAAAGGGCGAACCAGGACUGACAAAAGAAGAGGUCAUCAGAAUAAUAAGGGAAAUCUGUGGCUGUGGUCUGAAGUGCAGAGAGAGCCCUCUGGAGCUGGUGUUUGUGAUAGACAGCUCUGAGAGCGUGGGGCCAGAGAACUUUGAGUUGGUGAAGGACUUUGUGAACGCUAUAAUCGACCGGGUGUCGGUGAGCCAAGAUGCUAGCCAGAUUGGCGUGGUGCUCUACAGCCAUGUGGACAUGGUGGUGGUCAGUCUGCAGCAACAGCCCAGCCAGGACGACAUCAAGGCCGCCGUCAGGAACAUGCCCUACUUGGGCGAGGGCACUUUCACUGGCAGCGCCAUCCACCGAGCCAACCAGCUGUUCAAGGCCUCGCGGCCUGGAGUGAGGAAGGUGGCUGUGGUUUUAACCGAUGGGCAGGCCGACCCCCGUGACGUCAUGAAGUUUGAAGAAACAGCCACAGAGGCCCACGCAGAGGGGAUCGAGAUGUUUGUGAUAGGAGUCGCGAACAAGACCGACCCUCUGUACAAAGAGUUUCAGGCUGAGAUGAAGGUCAUCGCCUCGGAUCCAGAUGAAGAGCACGUCUACAUUAUAGAUAACUUCAGGGAGCUUCCCACUCUGGAAAGCAAAAUACUGAGUCAGAUUUGCGAGCAGGACGACUCCAUGGCCUUUCUACCGAACUCUGUCUUUCCAUCUGUGGAAAUCCACCCAGAGGUUCCAGAGGACAGCCGUUCCAGAGAGUUCCCAGAGAGAGAAAAUAUACAACACGAACUCACAGUGGGGAUAGUAACAGCCCCAACUCUACAGUCCCCUGAGUCAGGGCGGCCUGAAGAGAGCCGGCUUGAUACUAAACUGUUGAUGGAGCCCUGGAACAGGCUUCCAGACAUCACGUUGGCCUCUCCCGGUGGCCGAGGGAAGCAGGGACCCGGUGUGACGUCUGUCGUGGGGCCUCAGAUUCCAACGGACUGGCUACGUCAAGCAAAGAGCACACAGGCUCCAGUCAGCCCUCCUCCUCCCCCACCCCUGACAGACUUGUCAGUGUCAGGUGAAGGGUGCGGUCAGCCUCUGGACCCAGGUCCCUGUCGGCAGUACGUAGUCAAGUGGUACUAUGACCCCGAGGCCAACGCGUGUGCCCAGUUCUGGUACGGGGGCUGUCAGGGCAAUGCAAACAAGUUUGAGACUGAAGCAGACUGCAGGAAUUCCUGCAUCUACACAUAACAGACUGUGUUUAGAAAAAAAAAAGGGUGUGUGCAAAGCUAAUAUGCUCCAUCCACGUCACUGAGGAACAGAACGGACUGAUGACGCAGGCUUUUACAGUUUGACUAGCGCUCAGGCUAGCAGCUAUUGCUGCUGCUGCGGUCACACUCUGUGGACUGCUGCAGGCGAGGGAGAUAGCAGAGGGCCGACCUCCUCGUUAUCUCUCAGGUUACGUUCACACUGCAGGUGCUCUUGUUCAAUUCUGAACUGCUGCGCUCAACAGUAGCGGUCUAAUCAUUCUAGAGGACCAGCCACAUCUCAAAACCCGCACAAGCUGACAGGACCAUCAAUAAUACUGGUUGAACAUGUCAUCCCAAAAACGGUUCAUUUUUAUUUUCACUUUCACUUUCUCUUUCUUUCCAUCGUCGUCUAGUUCUCCUCCAGGGGCCUGUAUCACAAAGCAAGUUCAACUCACACUGUCUACACAGGAGGGUGUUAGAGUGAGCAGCAGCUGUUUUACAUGCACAUAGCACAAGUAUAACGCAAACCGUCAUGUGAUCUGUGUAGACAAUGACUGAAAAGCACGCCUGAAAUUCUUUUAGUGU